AUGUCUGCUCAAGCUAGCGAGACCCAGAGUCUGAAGCCCUCGUUUGCUAAGGUCGCCGCUUCAGCGUACAUGCCGCAUAAUACCAAAGACCCCGCUUCUAGCCCCCAGAGUACCCAGCCGGUGCUCUCGCCGAACCCUACCGCCCCGGCAGAAGACACCAGCCCGCCCGCGUCCGAGAACCAUGUCGUGAACGGAGUCAAACAUGACGACUCCCCGACCACGCCCGUGUCCGACGCCAAAGCGCCCGUCAAGGAACCCCAAGUCCAAAUCUUUGGCGCAAGUCCGGAGAUGAACGGCGCGCAGUCCAGGGCGCCAUUGCCGGGAACCGCAAAACCUGCUUCCGCCGAUGACAAUGCGACGCAGGUGUCCUCGUCCAACAGCUCGGUGAAGCCGCCAAGCCUGGACGGCAAGAGUGUUGCGUCUGGAACGACUUUCGCUCUUGACGAGAAGGAGAGCAUCCGCCCUGACGACAGCGCGAGCAUUCGUGCCGUCGAGGAAGAGGACGUCUUCUCGCCUCCAGAUUCCGUCGCAGCCGGUUCCAGGGUCGGCUCGGACAACGGCAUGGGUCGCGCGUUCCGCGACCAGUUGAACGAGAUUUCGGUCAUGGGCGCGGCAUCUCAGCGCGGAGUCUUGACUGGAAGGGCCCCUCACAAUUUGAGUGGCAAUGACAUUUCCAGCCGGCCAUCACCAUUACCGCUCGGUUCGAUCAAGGAGAACGACGGCGCAUCGCAGCCGCAGCCGCAGCCAGACGAGAAGCUACUGGAGGCCCUCCAGUCACCAAGAGACAGACUUUUUGUUCUCAAGUUGGAGCAAGAUGUGCUUGAUUUUAUGAGAAACUCUGCAGAAAAGGAGCUGGAUGUUCCCAACUGCAAUGCCUUCUAUCGGAUGUUGGCCCAUCGGUUUGCAGACUACUACUUUCUCGGCCAUGUAGUUGAUCCUGUGACAAGUGCAGUGAAGAUCACAAAGACAUCUUACAGUAGAAUUCUUCCGAGCUCAUUGUCUUCCGGACCUGAAACUCCUCCUUUGAUUGUACCUGCUCGCAAAAUUAUGCGCCGUGGCGAUAGUGCCAACGGCCCCUCUGGCACCAACACCACCAACAAUUCCGAGGGCCCCUCCAAAACCACUUCAGAAGCCGGCGGCGACAGCGGAAGCGACGCAGGCCAAGGACCCAGGAAGCUCACGCGCGAAGAACGCGAAGCCAAAUACAAGGAGGCCCGCCAGCGUAUCUUUGGCAGCGCUGAGGACGGCGAUCUCGGCGACAGCUCAAAGGAUAAUGAAGGCAAAGACAUGUCUCGGUGUAGCUCCGCUUCGGGCAAGAAAAACAAGAAAAAGCAGCGCAAUAACGACGACGACGGCUUCGAAACGCGCUCGCAGUUUGUCAGUCCAGGCUACUUUCCCUCCCAAUAUGGGGGAGCCGGUUACUCCAGCGAUACCCCCCCUGUAUUCUAUGGUCCCUACACGAUGAUGCCGGGACCGCCGAACAUGAACGGAAAUGUCUCUAGCCCGGUGCCAUAUCCCAACGGCUAUCCGGUCAUGGUGGCGCAGGAGCCUCAGCAGCAGUAUUCGUGGCAGAUGCAACAGUUCACGCCACCGAAUGGGCCCAUGAACGUCCCUAGUUAUGGUUCACCUGUGCCCGUGAACUACGACCUCUCGACGGACUUCCAGCGAAUGUCGUUCCAACCUGGUGGCGCGUCAAACCAGACGCCGAAGAUGUCUUCGCCAUCUCUCUCGGGCUUCUCUGACGGAUACCGGCCUCAGUCGCAAGGGAUGAACCAGCCAUGGCCGCAGAUGUCGGGGCAGAUGUCAGGGCAGAUGUCGGGGCAAAUGUCGGGUCAGAUGCCAUUUCAAAUGGCCCAGCCGCAAUUCGCCCAGCAUGGCUACAAUGACAGACCCAUGUCAGCUGGCCAGGCCAGCUAUCCCUACGGCCAGCUUCCGGGCCCGGCGUUCAACGGCAACAACCGCAACCAGCACCCCUUGCCUGGAAGCUUCAACCGCCAGCAGUUCAACCCUCAAAGUCAAGCUUUUGUGCCCAGCUUUGUUCCCGGCAUGCGCGGUCCUGGACCCGCCUUCGGCAUGCCUACGCAGUCGCCACAGAUGGGAGCGGUGGUCCCGAAUAUGGGGAAUUUUGUGGGUUACAACAUGCCUAUGCAGCACCAACAACAGCCGCGCCCCAACCCACCAGGGCCUCCGCAGGCUUUCAACCCAGUCCGCCCGAUGGGUAACCCUGCUCUCGGCAAACCCGGCAGCCAAGGCCAAGGCAUGUCGCAUCCGCUACCUCAACCGGUGUCGACGGCUCCGCCCGGCCCAAAGGCAGCGCCAACGGCUGCUCAGAGCAGUAUCGCGAAGUGGGGUACGCCGUCCCAUCUCCCGCCUAAGCCCCCUCCCCCGGCGUCGAUGCAGCCGCAACAAAAGUUUGCCAACGUCCCGCCUCACGCCGGAAACCCACGCGUUCCCGCGGGGCCGCCGUCAUACACGGCCAACGGCACGUAUCCGAUCCCGAACAUUAUGGGGUCUGGGGCGGGCAGCAACGGAGCCCGCGCCAAGUAG